CCAGUAAAUCUACCAGAGAGAGAGGAAGAGAAGAUGGACACUGCAGAUUAUGAGACUACAAUAAAGACUGAAGGUGUUACAUCAGCUGACAGUUUAGAGGUGACGUUAGAGAAUGCGGAGCCACACAUUGAGGAUCAUCUGACCAUCAUAAAGACUGAAGUUGAUACAUUUCCUGUUGACCAUAUAGAUGGUUUCAUUAAAGCACCAAGAAACCGAGGUGUUCCUGACUAUGGCUUGGUGAAACUGCAGGAAGACCAGGUUGAUCAUGAGGUGGUUAUGCUUAUGAACGAGGAAGAGUUAUCUACAUAUUUACCACAAUAUGGAGACAGUGUGUUUGCAAGAAACUGCUUGGACGUUGUAGACAGGCCAGAGAGUGUUAAAGACAUGAAAGAAAAGUUGAUCAACCGCAUGAGGCAGAAAACGAAACUCCAAGAAGCCAGAAUGGAAAGAUCUGUUUAUAACAUUGGAAAUAAAAAUGCAGAAAGGAAAACCCGACAGAUGGAACUCGGGUGGCUGCAUUAUCAAGCAUUCUGCUAUAAACAGGUACGACGACCAUUAGGGGGAGGAACUCGCAUAAUAAAUGUGAAAAAAGAUGAUACAGUGUCCAAUAUAAUGGAUAUUGGGAAGAAUCUUUUUUUCCCAAAUGGAAUCUCAAAGAAAGGCAGACUAGUGGAUAUGGAUAUCAUGGUAUCUCUGCUUGGUACAUAUGAACCACUGCAACCUGAUUUAACUGUUCGUAACCUAUUUGAUCAAACACAGCACAAACAUCUCAGAUUGUACAUAUGCAGUAAACCUAAAGUUUCAGACCACUGUCCAAACCGUUCCAUGCCGUCAACCAGUGCUGAUUCUCCAUACAGGCAUUCAGCUAGUACUCACACUCUAGAAAGUCCAUGUCUGCUUCUCGGGCCUCCUGACAAUAGACACAAAUCUCCAGUGUUCUUCUCUAGCAACAGUCAAGAUUGUGUAGAUGAUCUGAAUGAAACACUGAUUCAUUCUCCUUUCCAAAUUAAAACCAAAUCAUCUGGCGAAGUCUUGUUGGAUACCACCAUACAGCAGUCUCAAGAAUUCAGUCCACUUCCAGAAGUGGUUUAUCAACAUUCAUCAGGUUCUAGAAGCAAUUGUGUUACAAGAACAAUCUGUGAAGACCAAACAAAUGUAGCUGAAAAGCAAACCAUUCCAAUCCACUGUUCUAACAUUCUUUCUGACAUGGUUAAAGCUUUUACUGAUGAGAACAUUUUGCAUGCUACCAUAAUGUUUAAGAGGCUGCUUGAGAAUGGGGAAGAAGAAUCUGCUGUUGGUAAAGCGGUAAUCCAAGAUUGUCUUACUGAUUUUUGGAAUCAGUUUUAUGAGAGGAGAACAAGUGGAACCACCUUCAAGAUUCCAACUCUCCACUAUUGCUACCAGGAAAAAGAAUGGAAAGCAAUUGCAAGAAUAUUUGCAUAUGGAUGGCGAUUUGGCUACUUGCCAGUGCAACUUGCUCCUCCGUUCUUAGUAGAGGUUCUGACUCUCCCACCAAAAGAGAGCUCUCUGAUGGAUACAUUUUUUAAUUACAUAAGCCAACCAGAGAAGGAUAUCUUAACCGAAGGUUUAAAUGAUUUUAACAAUGCAGACAUAGAAGAAAUAAUCAGUGUACUCUCGGGCCAUAAUUGUUCUACUAUGCCAACAGAGCAGAAUUUUUCAAGACUUUUAGAAGAGAUUGCUUGCAAAGAAUUAUUGCAACAACCUGCUUACAUUAUCAAUUGCUGGAAGCCAAUUCUGAGAGAAGUUGGGGAUUGUGUACGUGUCAAGGGAUUUGAGAGAAUACUUUCUGAUCUCAAGCCUAAUGCAAGAAAAGUGGCCAAAUUCAUCAAAUUACCAGCCAACAUGUCUUUACAAGAAGCCACUACUUCCAGCUAUUUGUUGCGUUUUAUAAGAGAAAGGGACGAUAAAGCGCUCAGUCUCUUUCUGCGAUACUGCACUGGAUCAGAUUUGUUUUUGUCAAAACCAAUCAGUGUAACAUUUAGAGAAAUGUCUAACUUUGAGAGACAUCCUUUGGCCCACACCUGCUCUUGUGAAUUAGAGUUAGCAUCUAAUUACUCAUCAUAUAUUGAUUUUCGAGCAGAAUUUUCCCAAGUACUCAAUAGUGCAUUUGGUUAAUCAAUACGAUUUAGCGUUAGACCACUGUAAUUUUAACAAUACUUUAUAUAAAUCUUCCGUUUCUAAUUCAGCAGCAAGUACAAGUCAUUUUUUUCUUUUUAACACUAUUUGGCUAAAGCUUACUCUUCCAAUCAAUAAAUACAUUGCAAGGAGGAACCUUUGCAUAGAGUCCAAGAUGGCUGCAUCUUAUGGGACCAAUUUAUCCUAUUUUAUUCCUAAAGAUUUUAUAUUUUGUAUACUGAGAUCCUAAAGGGGCAUCUGCUGAUCAUUGAAGGGCUUUGUGUUAUUUAUAUUUAACUUAAUUUUUUGAACAUUUGUUUUGUAUAGUUGGACUUUCAGGAAACCAAAUUGUAUUGUCCUAUUUUUGUUACAUUAAGAUGUUCCUUUUAUUUUGUGCCUAUAAGCAAAACCAAAUGUACCUCUGUAAAUGUAUUUAAAAGUUUAAAGAGAAAUGGGCAUAUUAGUGAAGUAAGUUCCACUAUGAUAUUAGCGUAACUGUUUUUAUGUUAAAGGGACAUAA